AUGGGGAAUGGAUGUGAUUGGACCGAUAGAAUUAAAAGCAUCGAAUGGUCACAGGUUCAUCUUGGUGGAUAUAGAUUAUUUACAAAGUGGGUGGAAGCAGUAACUUUCAAGUCAAUGACCAAGAAGGUCGUGGUGGAUUUCAUCGAUUUCACCAUCAUCUGUCGGUUUGGUAUUCCAAAGGUGAUUAUAACUGAUAACGCCGCAAAUCUCAACAGCCACUUAAUGCAAGAGUUGCCUUUUGCUUUGUUGGGUUAUCGCACUACGGUCCGUACGUCAGUGGGCGCUACCCUAUAUUCAAUGGUAUACGGGAGUGAGGCAGUUAUACCUGCAGAGAUUGAGAUCCCAUCUUUAGGAAUUGUUGUGGAGGCUGAAAUUGAUGAUGAUGAGUGGACCAAAACUCAUUUAGAGCAAUUAAGUUUGAUUGAUGAGAAGCGUCUGACAUCAGUAUGUCAUGGACAAUUAUAUCAUAAAAGAAUGGCACAGGCAUACAACAAAAAGGUGCGUCCCAGACAUUUUGAAGAGGGUCAAUUAGUGUUGAGACGCAUUUUGCCACAUCAUGCUGAAACCAAAGGCAAAUUUUCUCCAAAUUGGAGAGGACCAUUCGUUGUUAAAAGGGUAUUACCCAAUAGUGCUCUUUACUUAGCAGAUAUAGAAGGAAAAGUGACAGAAACGGUCGUCAAUACUGAUGCUGUGAAAAGAUAUUACAAAUGA